AUGCAUCUCACGACAUCAGCAGCCCUCCUCGCCUUGCUGGGCACGGCGACCUCCACCCCCAUCACCAAGCGCCAGGCCGACUUCUCAGGCAACACGCAAAACGGCCUGCAGGGCGGCGCGUGCGCCAACAUGAUCGUCGUCUUCGCCCGCGGCACCACGGAGCGCGGCAACGUCGGCACCAUCGCUGGCCCGCCCUUCUUCCAGGCGCUCUCUGCCCAGGUCGGCGGCAACCUCGAGGUCCAGGGCAUCGAGUACCCGGCCGACGUGCCCGGCUUCCUCGCCGGCGGCGAUGCCAAUGGCUCCCAGGAGAUGGCUACCCUGACGCAGCAGGCCAUUACCAACUGCCCCAACUCGGCCGUCAUCAUGUCUGGAUACUCGCAGGGCGGCCAGCUCGUGCACAACGGCGCGGCGAUGAUGCCGGCGGAGAUGACGGCCAAGGUUGCUGGUGUGGUCAUCUUUGGCGACCCACUUAACGGCCAGGCCGUACAGGGCGUCGACGCCUCCAGGACCAAGGUCAUCUGCCACAACGGCGACAACAUCUGCGAGGGCGGCAACCAGAUCCGCCGCGCCCAUCUCACCUACGGCAACGACGCCGACGAGGCCGCGACGUUCGCCGCCUCCAUGAUGGCCGCCCCGGCCGCCGGCGCGUAA